AUGAUAUUGCUGCUGUUAAUGAUAAGGCAAAUCUUCGCCACAGACAUCCCCGAGCAAGUCCAUGUCGCCGUCGGCGCAAGUCCUAGCCUUAUUCAAUUUACAUGGAGUACUCGUGAAUCAACACCGACAUCAGCGGUCCGCAUUGGUUUAAACCCUUCCUUUUGGAAGUAUUACUAUGGCUCAUCAAUUAGCUUCACCAAUGGGACGAAUUCUUGGAUAAUCCAUACAGUUAACGCAACAUUGUACCCAGGAACAGUCUAUAGCUAUCAGGUUGGCUGCGUUUUGACCAAUUUUAGUCAAACUUUCACACUUACAGUGCCUCCAAGUUCUGGACCAUCCAGCUACGUCAUGUUCGCAGAUUUAGAUAUUGGGGUAGACGGCGCUGCCUCAUGGCAAGAGAUAGAAAACUGGGUGAUUAAGAUGAAAAUCAACGCUGUUAUCCACAUGGGGGACAUUGCUUAUGACCUCAGCACCGACUAUGCUACUUGGGGAGACAAUUACAUGAACUCGAUCCAAGCAGUUGCUAGCUCAGUGCCUUACAUGGUAGCUGUAGGCAACCAUGAAGGAGACGAUAAUUAUGUCAAUUACCAAGCAAGGUUUAGGAUGCCGAACAAUAAUUUCUACUACACCUGGACCAGCGGUUAUGUAAGAUUUCUAGGAAUCGAUACAGAAGCCAUCAUAGAAAGAACCUCAGAGAUUGGCCCAAUGAUGGGCUAUAUACAAAGCGUCCUGAAUAGAACUCAGGCAGAUAAAGAAGCUUACCCAUGGCUGGUCGUAUAUGCCCACAGACCUUUGUACUGUUCGUCAACUGCAAAGGCAAAAGCAUGUGGAUCUGAAGCCCAAAUAUUACAAGACAACUUAGAAACAUUGUUUUAUGAUUAUAAUGUUGACUUGUAUGUCAAUGGGCAUGUGCACAAUUACGAGAGGACAACCCCUGUUUACAAAGGAAACAAAAUGAAGAGCGGAGGAUCAGGAAACACUUACAUAGAUCCUCUCGCAACAAUUUAUGUCACAACUGGAGGCCCAGGAUCUGAUUCCAGCAAUUCUGAUGUCGCUACUAAGAAUGCUCCGAAUUGGCUGGCCGCUUGGGAUGACAACUUUACAUAUAGCAUUUUUACUGCUUUUAAUGCUACUCACCUGUGCUGGCAACAGUGGGAAACUGGGAAAAGCAAAACAACAGACGAGUUUUGGAUCGUCAAAGGCUCAUCUGCAUUUGCUGAACAUUAA